AUGCCGCGGCCUCAAGCCAGUCAAGGCCGGUCAAAUGAAAAGGCGCAAAGUAAGUUCAAUAUUUACAUUGCAAAAUUCCAAUUUCACCAAAAGAUUCACUUCCUUGGAAGCGCUCUCUUUGAACCAUCUCUACGCUGGAGUUGUUUUUUUCGUGAAGUUUUUUCCGGCUCUUGCCAAAAAAUAAAUCAAUCCCGACUUCACUGGGCACAAUUACAUUAAAUUAUGCUUAUUUUUGAAUGAUCCAGAAGAGACAUGGGAAAAUAUUACGCCAUUCGUAUAGCAAAUUUUGACGCGAAUUGUGGUAAUGAAAAAUUUGAAAGGAUCCUGUGCGAACAAAAAGGAGGAAAUUUUUUUUGAUCCCAAUUAUUUUGAAUUCACUGUAAAAAAAGUUGGAUUACUGUAUCAAUUUGACCGAAAUAGAAGUUUAUAAGGCGAUAGGAUCUAAUUUUGAUUAUUAUUCCCAAUUCAUGCACAGUGCAGACCAGCGAAUUUUGCACUGUGAAAAAAUUUCUUUUUCAUUGCACUGUGCAGUAAAUAAACAUCAAAAAAGAAAAUAAAAAUCAUCCCCAAACUAAUCACUCUUCUAACUACUAACUUUCAGUACCGGUAAACAGUCAGCUGACUGAAGAUGCCUUCCGACGAAUUCAACAGGUCGACCAACAAACCUCAACAUUGACCAAUCAGGGAGUGGUCGGAUUCUCGGCCCGCAUUCUGGAUCGCGCGGAAUACCCGACGCCAGAUGGAAAGGAUAUUAGUGUCGUGCAGCUAAUCGAGAUCAUAAAGAAGCCGGGACAGAGUCUCGGUUUGUAUUUGAGGGAGGGAAACGGUAAGUUUUUCAGAGCUUUUUAGACCUUUGUUCGAAUUUAGGUGAAAAAGCCAAAUUUUAACGAAAAUUGACUGAAAUAGGAAAGAUACGCUGUUCUUGUAACACCUAAACAACCUCGUUUCGUAGCGGAUUUCGGGGAAGGAAGCCAAAUAUUUUCUGCGUUUUACAAAUUAGCGAAACUCUUGGGCAAGCUCGGGCGCCGCUCGGGAAACCGAAAUUUUUUUUUGUCGUUUCUCGAAGGUUUUGAGUACUAGUACUCAAACGUAUACUGAUACUUGAUUAUUUUUACAUUCAAAAUAUUCCUUUUCAGGCUUCGACUGUAGCUAUGGAGUGUUUGCCUCGCGAUUUGGCGAAGGAUCGGAGCUGGAAAAGAUGGGGAAUAUUAUUCGGCCGGGCGACGAAAUCCUCAAUGUAAAUAAUGUGGAAGUCAGGGAUAUGAGCAUCGAUGAUGUGGUCUACGCACUCUCUAUACCUCGGAGACUUGUUUUGAGAACGAGGUAUGUUAUUUUUUACUGAAUUAUUAAUUUUGAUAUCUAAAAAUAUAGUUUUUUGUUUUAGGUUCCUCGAGAACCGUCGAGAUAUGAUAGAGCCUCAAAUGAAGAACCUGGAGAAGCCCGUGAUCAUUCGAACGGUGGAUGAUAAGUACGAGAAAGAUCGACAAGCAAUGUUUAUGAAUCCGAAACCUCAACCAGGGAUAUUGACGAAACCCGCAAAAACAGCUGGUACCUGGCUCGGAAAACGGGCUCGGCAACAGCAGGAGAGCGAUGUAUGUGUUGUAAUUGUAUUUUUUGGUGCUUAGAUAAGAUUUCCCGGCGAUUUUAUACCAUCAAAAUAUUCUAGAAGCACAACCACACCCUCCAUCAACAAUAUAGUCAGGAUUUGACCCCCAUGUCUUCCCAAUCCACGCCUCCGUCCACCUCAACGCUCAAACGAAUCCCCGCUCAGCCUUAUAGUGGAUAUAGUCCUCCAACCGUCGCUCAAACCGCCUUCGUUCCUCCUCCAAAAAUCUGGCCCGAUCCUUAUUCUGAUCCGUUGAAUGGACAGCCCCGUUAUAACGCCGGAUAUCCCAACGAGAGUGCGUAUCAGUAUGGCGAUCGAUACGGUCGAUAUGGAAUGUCAGGAGGCCAACCAAGUCCAUAUAAUCCGUUGAUGGGCCCAAUGAGUUCGUCGAUGAACCCGUCGAUACAUCCAUCGAUGAACCCGGUGACACCUGGAUAUAAUUAUAAGAGUAAUUCCUUACCGAGAAGAAGGAUCCAGUCGGAGGUUGCAGGACCUGCCGGACAACUUCGCUCCGUCAAAUGGAGGAAUGACGUCAUCAGUCCCGGAGCGGGCAUCUAUGCAGGAAGAUCUGCAAUGAGUGAUAUUGCAUCACCAUUGACGCAACGACGACUGGACUAUGCGCAAGCAGGAAGAGCUCAGUCUACAAUCUCUUCUCCCGGGACCACUAGUAAGUAUUCGAAUCAAAAAAUUUUCAAAAUCGUUUAUUUAGGCCAUGUGUAAUAUAUUGAUUUAGGAUCACCGACUGGCCGUUCAAUUAUGGAUAUUUUCUCGGCUCAGGAAUACCGAAACUGGGCUGAUCCUUAUGGCCAACAACCGGACGCAAAUGUUUAUGGAAGAACACCAACUCGACUGGGCUAUGGAAUGAGAUCUACAUCAUUGCCUUCCAGAACGAUUAUGGUAUGUUUUUUUACAUUUUGUUUUGGUUUUUAGGUCGAAAUGAAUCUGGAAUGAGUGACAAUUCUAAAAUAUUUUUAGAAUUCUCUCACCUCCAACAACCUUGAUCUCCGUCGUCAAAGAGGUCCUUUUAAUCAACCAGAGCCUGCCGCUCAAUUUCCAACUCAGAAUCCAAUGGAUAGACAAAUCCAGAUCCUCGAUCGUCUCCAUCUGAGCCCUCUGGUCAAUCGACGCGUUCCUCUUCGAGCUGCCGGUCCUGGGUUUGACGUGGAUCAAGUUCAGCUUUCGUCGUUGACCGGAAUUAUUACUGUCUGGAUAUUGGAAGGGCGAAAUCUCCGAAUUCCGGAUAAAAAUCAGUCGAAUCAACUGUAUGUGGUCCUAGAAAUCGACGAAGUUCAUCGUGCUCGGACUGGAAUUUCAACACCGGAACAGAAAUUCCGAUGGAGAGAGGGAUUCGAGAUUGAUGUACAAAAUGCAAUCAACGCACAAUUCUUUGUGUACUCAUGGCAUCCUCAAUAUCGGCAUAGGUUUUGUCAUAAAGCCUCGAUGAAGCUGGCCGACGCUUUCUUUGUCGAUCAAUUGAACGGGGUCAGGGUUUUUGCUUUGAAUUUGGAACCAAAAGGACAGCUGAUGGUCAGGGUUGCGUUCAGUGAUAUGGCACAUUCUUACCGAAGAGCGGUCAACGUCAGGUAAGAUGUGGAUGCAAUUGGCUUGGAAUGGGGUUUUUAGAGGCUUGUUGGGAUUUUUGAGGGGCUUGAGGGCGAUCUAUCGUCAAAAUUUUGUUUUUAUUAACUACUACAACAUAAAUUAUUUAAAUUUUGUUAUUUUCAUUGAUGAUUUUCAGGUAUAACGCUUCGUUUGGCACUCCACUGGGCCAGUUAUGUCAACGAGAAGAGAAAGAGAUCCCUACGGUAUUCCUCCGGUUAGUAACGGAGAUCGAAAAACGAGGAGUUGAUGUUCCAGGUUUAUACUAUUGUAAGUUCCCUUUUUUCAUUUUUAUUUUUUCAUUUUUAGUAUCUGGAGCUUUGGAAAGGAAGAAUUAUAUCAAAGAGCUCAUAAAUCGAGAUCCGGUAACGACCGAUAUUAGUCAAGUACCAGUUCCGGAUAUUAAUUUAUUAACCUGCUUGGUAAAGGACUUCCUAAAAGAGUUGCCAGAGCCCCUAGUUCCACCGAAUAUAUAUGCCAUGUUGGUCGAUGCGAGCUCAGCGAUAUUACCAGCGGAUAAAGAUGGGAAUCAAGGGAUCUUGUUGAAGAUUGUGGAUUGCUUACCAUCCGCAAAUAAAGUAAGGAGAAUUUUGAUGGAAAUUGAGUUUUUUUUUAGUUUUAUGAUUAUAAUAGUAAUUUUUGUUUGUUUUUUCGUGUCGCAAAGCAAUAAUUGUAUGACAGUUUUUUUGUUGAAAUAUUGAUUUAGGUACAAGUCUUGAUUUUUGAAAAUUUUCAAUUUAUUUUUUUUCCAGGCCACCCUCAUCCAACUUCUUGAUCAUAUCCGGAAUCUAAUAGCCUCCGAGCCUCAUAAUGGUCUCACUUUGAAUCGGGUCUGUGCCAUAUUUGGUCCUUUGAUUUUCUGCACAAAUGAUGCCAAUAAUAUCACGAGAAAACCGGAUCCAGAACAGCUGAAAAAGGUGGAUCUACUGGAUGCUGGACAAGCCUCAACCUCGCUAAAAUUGGUCUUGGAAAAUUGGCCAAGUCGGCUCAGUAAGUUUUUUCGAAGUUUUUGAUUUUGAAAAUUUAGGUUUCAACUGAAAAUGGAAGAUUGUUAUAUAAAAUAAUAUUUAUUAUAUUAUUCUAUAUUUCAGGCAGCGAAAACAGUUCUCUGGAUGAAAGUGCCAACUCCCAACUACCGGAUCUCUCCUCCAACACCUUGCCUCGCCAAUCCGCCAUGACCACGCAACGACCUCGACCCAACAGCGACAUGGGAAAUCGACAACCAAAUGGCUGUGUUCGGUUCCAGGUGGAUUGA